CUCUGUACUUCCUGACCGCCAUCACAUGCCCAUGCAAGCUGCUUAAAGACCCGCGAGGUGCGAGGAAGGCCCCUCACAGCCAUCUUCAACAUAGCCUCUUCGAUUCCAUUCUUCCCAGCUCGAAUCUAUCACCAUAUACUCAGAACCCUCCCCAACAAUUGGUUUCUUAAACCCACAGUUUGCUCAUGCCUUCCCUUGCAGAACUCGACCAACACUAGAGCGAGAAAACAGAUCCCUUUUUGUGAGCCUUAUAUUGAAGUCGUGGAAUCAAAGCGGCUCAGAAUGCGUGCCAAGUUGCUCGAUGCGUUCACGGAUGAGAAUAUGGAUCUGCAGAAGCAAAUUGGGUGCAUCGCCGGAAUCUUUCAGAUGUUUGACCGCCACCAUCUCCUCAUUGGGAAGCGCCUCAAUGAUCACAACCAUAGGAAGCUUCCAUCAGGACAUGUUCUUCCAAAGAAUGGAAGACAAGAGUCAGAGCAAAAACCACGCUUUUCACAGAUUCUUCAGGAGAAGAAUCUGAGCAAGAGCUUGAACGAAACCCAGACAGCUUCCAUGGAAUCGUCAAGAGCUUCUUGUUCCUCAUCCAGCUCGUCAUAUUCUUCUCUCGAAUCUGUCAAAGCAUCUCGACAGGAGGCCUGCUCCUUUGACAGAGCAUUCUUUCAAGAGAAGUCGCUACUAGCGAAUUCACCCAAGGUUAAGAAACCAGAAGAUGAUGCCAAAUCUAUAAGCUUUGACUCCUGCAGUAGUACCCCGAAGGCUAUUCUGCAAACCCUUGAUUUCCACAAUGCUGUGAGAGAUCCCAUAAAGAAAGGCGCUCAGGGCUUUCCUACCAGAACUGCAUCAACUGAGAAGGUGAACAACCAUGAAGUGAAGCACAAGGACUCGCCCAGGCCUGUGCUGCUCGCCAAAACGAGAAUGCCAGCUGAUCUCAAUGAAGCAAUCAGACUCCUGGGAGAACUCAAGGAAGCACCCUGGAGUUUUCGUGAUCAUGAAGCAAAUGAUACCUCGUUCUACCUAGAAUCACGGAGAUCACCUCGUUUCUCUUAUGAUGGAAGAGAACUCUCGCGGCUGUCGAUGGAUUCCCAAGAUAACAGUAAGCCCGCUAACAAACUUAGAGAGCUUCCAAGGCUCUCACUGGACAGCAGGCGAGGAGCUCAAAGGAGUUCUAACUUUGCUUCAAGAACAAGUUCAACUUUGGAGGACUUCAACAAAACUACUACCAGUCCCAGUGUCAAUAGAGCUUCCAAUCUGCUUCAGGAUCUUAGCCAAAAGCGACAACCCAGCAUCGUCGCAAAGCUCAUGGGCUUGGAUGAAAUGCUCGGCUCGAACUCAGCAGCUCAAGCAGCAGUUGCCAGAAAAAGCUGUGCUCCUUCCCAUGAACCGAGAGACUGUACCUCAGCAACCAGACCAAGAGGAACUCGGAAUGCAAAAGGUGAUCAGCUCCCUCACGCUGUUCAAAGCAGAGAUUCAACAAUAGCAAAGCCAAAAGAUCAUCAUUCGCCGCUGAAACACAAAUCAAAGAUCAUGACUGAGACCGCACCUUGGACACAGCAGACUCCACAGAAAGCAAGAACUGGGUACCAAGAAGCUCAGUUCAUCUACCAAGAGAUAGAGGAGAGACUCAAAGGGCCUAAGUUCCAGCAGCAAAAGAAGGACCUCAGGGCUCUCAAACAAAUAGUAGCUGCUAUGCACGCGAAGAGGCUGGCGCAGACCACAAAGGAUAAUGAUCAUCCCUACAAGAUAUCUGUGCUGGAAGAUUACGCAGACCGAACUCCAAGGGGAAGCACUCAGAACUCAAGGUCACCAAAGGUCUGGAAACAACCAGCACAAGAAGGUGGUUCUCCAAAAGCUUUUGAUCCUCCAAUUGUAGUCAUGAAGCCUGCAAAGAAUGUCAGAAUUUCAGAUGCUUCAGGUCACACAGUAGUUCUUCUGGAAGGUCUAUCAAAUCUUCCAAAGCUGCUUACAAGUAGUGCUGGUAAUAGAAAGAAAAGCUCAGCAAACAUCACAGCUGAGAGAGACCACAGUCCUAGAGUCAGACUUGGUGAAUCAAACAUUCAGGCACUUCUCUCAACAACAGAUAGGCAAAUCAUCAGAAGGUCCAUGGGAAAUAAUAAUUCUCCAAAAUUUCAUUCAAACUUGAUGCAGUAUCUGGAAGAGAACAGUGGAGUCUCAGCAAAACCUUCAAGCAUUCUGAGCCCAAGACUGCAGCAGAGAAAAACAGAAGCAGAGAAGCAGCCAUGUCCACUUACCCCCAACAUGAACAAGGCUCAAAGUGAGCAUAACAAUAGGAAACCAGUCGAAUCAGUUUCUCCAAGACACAAACUCAGGCUGAAACAAUCUCAAGUACAAAAAAGAGAAGACCAGGUUGAUGUUGAUGAAAUCAUCUGUGAGAAAAGGGUUUCAAGUCGUCGAAAUGAUGAAACUUCACCAGGUUCUAACAAAAGUAGGAGCUUUGCAUUACAGUCAUCUGUUCUGCAGCAUCGCAUCCCAUCAAGCAGGGCUUCCCAGAUUGCAACCUUAGUCUUGAACCAGAAGAAUUCUGCAGUAAAUACAAGUCAACAUAUAUCAGAUAAGGAGCUCACGAGUAUUACCUUUGAAUACCCAAGUCCUGUGUCAGUUCUUGAUUCUUCAUGCUAUGAGGAUCAGUUUUCUCCUUCCCCUGUGAAGAGAACCCCAGAUGCAGUCAAAGAUACUGAACCUUGCACUUUAGACCUGUACUGCCACCCAAAGAAUUCAUCCAAGAUGAAUGAUGAAACCAGCCUCAAGAAACUUCAAGAUUUUGAAAACCUUGUACAAAUCAAAAUGCUGAAAUCGGCUGAUGCAGAGCUUCCAACAACAGACUUCAUUACCUCGAAGUGUAACAUGGACAACCCGGAUCACAAUUAUGUUUCCGAGAUUCUACUGGCAACAGGCAUAUUGAACAAAGACUGCAGGGUUCCGCUUCAGCUCUAUACAUCAGGCCAUGCUAUCAACCCGGAGUUGUUUGGUGUUCUCGAGCAACCAAAGCAUGGCUGGUUCUCAAAAUUUGAACUUGAUAAAGAAGAAACUCAGCAUCAGAAGACAAAUACAGAGAAGAACCACAGGAAGCUUGUUUUUGAUGUGGUAAAUGAGAUCAUAUCUCAUAAGAUGGAAUCAACUGCCUAUGGGAAUGGCCUUGACCUUUUAUGUCAGUUCAGAAGAAAACUAAGUGGGCAGCAGCUUGUACUGGAAGAAGUGUGCUCUCAGAUUAGAAGACUUCGAACUGAGAAGACAAGAUCUACCAGCUUGGAGGAUGAUGUUGAGUUUAUUGCUGGAGAGGACAUCCUCCACCGAUCUGAAGGCUGGGUAGACUUCAGCGUCGAGCAAUCGAGGGUGGCUUUACAGAUUGAGAGGUUGAUAUUCAAGGAUUUGAUCGAUGAAGUUUUAAGUGGUGUCACUGAAGCUGGUUUGCAAAUCAAGCCAAGAAUGGCCUUGCUCCGCCCUCGGAGAUUUUUCUUCCUUGGUCCUAAUAUCCCCCAAAAAAAUAUAGAACAUUUUAGCAAUCCCAUUAAUGCUGGAACCCCUCAUUAACAGUCACUUCUUCGCUGAGUGCUAAUAAU